AGCUGAAGAGGAGGAGGAGGAGGGGAGGGGGGAUUUACAGAGACGGAGGGAGCGACUGAGAGCGUGGAGUGUGUGUGAGCGCGCGCGCGCGUGUCUGCGCACACUCAGGGAAGCGAGCGAGAGAGAGAGAGAGAGAGAGAGAGAAGAGCGGGGAGAGAGAGCAUGUGUGUGUGUGGAAAAAGGAAGCGGAGCCUGUAAACGGCGAACUCACUGGUUUCCUACCCCUCGAAACAACUAACAGCGCCGUGAUACUUUUCAUGUGGACACUAUCAUCGACAGCGGCGGCAACACGGCGAACGGGACCAUGAGCGGUGUCGAGGGGGGGCUCGGUAGCGCGCUGUGUUCGCUCGGCGGUUUCGGACGUGAAGAGUCUCGGUAAAUUGAAACCGUCUUUCGUUGAAGCAAGUGCUCGCCCGAGCCCCUCCGCGCGCGGACAGCGGCUGGUUCCACGAGCACCGGGAGGAUAAAAGUGUCCGCUCUCGCUCGGCUUCGUCCGGGUUCUGGGGCUUCUGGGACCGGGCCCGGCUGACUCGCCGUUGAAGUUCGUUGGGUCAUCUCGGGCAAGACUCGCGUUUUGAACUUGUUUGCAGCAGUCUGUGGGACUCCCGAGAAUCAGCAGACUGGCGGCUUCUCUGAAACACUGGGGCAGUUGGUGUGGCCAAAUUUUCCCUGGAUUUGACUGGUAAAUUCAGAAGACUGAAGCCCAGGCUCACAGUCUACCUUUCACGGAGGCCCAGCCGUGAGAGGACUGAGGAAGGCACGUGGCGGAUCAUGACGGCCGACAAAGAGAAGGAGCGGGAGAAGGAGCGGGACCGGGACAGAGACAGAGACCGCGACAAAAGGGAAGCCGGCAAGUCCCGCCGCCACGACGGCGACCGCGAGAGCGAGAGCUCCAGGCCCCGGCGCAGCUGCACGCUGGAAGGCGGCGCCAAGAACUAUGCAGAGAGCGAGCACAGCGAGGACGAGGACAACGACAACGGCAGCACGGGCGGCGGCAGCGGGACGGCGGAGGAGGCCGGCAAGAAGGGCAAGAAAAAGACCCCCAAGAAGAAGUCCCGCUACGAGCGCACGGAGAACGGGGAAAUCACGUCUUUCAUCACAGAAGAUGAUAUUGUUUACAGACCUGGAGAUUGUGUGUUCAUUGAGAGCCGGCGGCCCAACACUCCCUACUUCAUUUGUAGCAUUCAGGACUUCAAGCUGAGUAAACGGGACCAUCUGCUGAUGAAUGUGAAAUGGUACUACCGCCAGUCAGAGGUGCCCGACUCCGUGUAUCAGCACCUGGUGCAGGAUCGCAACAAUGAGAACGACUCUGGUCGGGAGCUGGUUAUUACAGACCCGGUGGUCAGGAGUCGAGAACUCUUCAUCUCUGACUAUGUGGACACUUAUCAUGCUGCUGCUCUCAGGGGUAAAUGCAACAUUUCCCAUUUCUCCGACAUUUUUGCUGCCCGGGAGUUCAAAGCCCGCAUCGACUCAUUUUUCUAUAUCCUCGGAUAUAACCCGGAGACCAGGCGGCUUAACAGCACACAAGGGGAGAUCCGAGUGGGACCCAGUCACCAAGCCAAGCUCCCGGAGCUGCAGCCUUUCCCCUCUCCUUGUGGCCAGGCCGUGACCGAGAAUGAAGAGCUGGUCUGGAUGCCAGGGGUCAAUGACUGUGACCUUCUCAUGUACCUCAGAGCCGCAAGGAGCAUGGCUGCCUUUGCAGGAAUGUGUGACGGAGGCUCAACAGAAGACGGGUGUUUAGCUGCUUCUCGGGACGACACUACAUUAAACGCACUUAACACUCUUCACGAGAGCAGCUAUGAUGCAGGUAAAGCCCUGCAGCGCCUGGUUAAAAAGCCGGUACCCAAGCUGAUAGAGAAGUGCUGGUCUGAGGAUGAAGUGAAGCGCUUCAUUAAAGGGUUGAGACAGUUUGGGAAAAACUUUUUCAGGAUCCGGAAAGAGUUACUGCCCAACAAAGAAACGGGGGAGCUCAUUACCUUCUACUACUAUUGGAAAAAGACCCCCGAGGCAGCCAGCUGCCGAGCCCACCGGCGUCAUCGACGUCAGCCCGUCUUCCGCCGCAUCAAGACACGGACCGCUUCGACUCCUGUCAACACCCCCUCUCGCCCCCCCUCCAGCGAGUUCUUGGACCUCAGCUCAGCCAGUGAAGAUGACUUCGACAGCGAGGACAGUGAACAGGAGCUGAAGGGCUACGCCUGCCGCCACUGCUUCACCACCACCUCUAAGGACUGGCACCACGGGGGCAGGGAGAACAUCUUGCUGUGCACAGACUGCCGCAUUCACUUCAAGAAGUACGGUGAGCUGCCCCCCAUCGAGAAGCCUCUGGACCCGCCGCCAUUUAUGUUCAAACCUGUCAAAGAAGAAGAGGAUGGACUCAGCGGGAAGCAUAGCAUGAGGACCCGACGGAACCGAGGCUCGAUGUCGACUCUACGUAGCGGUCGCAAGAAGCAGACAGCCAGUCCCGAUGGCCGAGCCUCGCCCAACAACGAGGACCUGCGUUCCAGCGGACGCACCUCGCCCAGCGCAGCGAGUACGGAUAGUACUGACAGCAAGACUGACUCCAUGAAGAAGCCGAGCAAGAAGAUUAAGGAGGAGGCUCCUUCACCCAUGAAGAGUGCCAAACGGCAACGAGAGAAGGGCGCCUCAGACACAGAGGAGCCCGAGAGAACCAGUGCCAAAAAGUCCAAAACACAAGAGCUGAGUCGAGCAGACUCGCCCUCAGAAUGCGAGGGCGAAGGCGAGGGAGAGGGCGAAAGCUCCGAUGGGCGGAGCAUCAACGAGGAGCUUAGUAGCGAUCCUAAAGACAUUGAUCAGGACAACAGGAGCUCCUCCCCGAGCAUCCCCAGCCCUCGUGACAACGAAAGCGACUCGGACUCUUCUGCCCAGCAGCAGCAGCUCCUGCAGAGCCAACACCCUCCUGUCAUCCAGUGUCAGCCAGGCACCUCAGCUGCCUCCACUGGACCGCCUCCACCUACAACCUCAGCCCCUUCACUUACCCCACAGGUCUCCCCUACAAUGGCCUCCACUACUCUACCUCCCCAGUCUAUGCCCCAGACAAGCCCAAUGUCUCUCAUCCAGUCAGGGGCAUCCCUACACCCUCAGAUGCUCUCUUCUCCACAUUCACCCAUGACUCAGGCUGCUCCUCCUGGGCCUCCAGGUCCACCUCAGUCAUUACCCAGCUCACAUCACGGACCCAUGCCUCCCAUGCCACAUCCCCUGCAGCCUGGUCCUCCACACAUGCCUCACCCUCACUCCAUGCCACCUCAGGGCUUCCCUGUGGGUCAGACUCAGGUCCCACCCCCACCCAUCUCUGGCCAGUCACAGCAGAGGCCGCACACGCCUCCUUCGCAGUCCCAAUCAUCUUCUCAGAGUGGAGGCCAGCCACCCAGAGAGCAGCCCUUGCCCCCUGCCCCAAUGUCUAUGCCACACAUCAAGCCCCCACCCACUACACCCAUCCCUCAGAUACCCAACCCGCAGUCUCACAAACACCCACCCCACGUGUCUGCACCUCCAUUCCCUCAGAUGCCUUCAAACCUGCCCCCACCUCCUGCUCUCAAGCCUCUCAGCUCUUUAUCCACCCACCAUCCACCAUCAGCACACCCGCCUCCCCUUCAGCUCAUGCCUCAAGGACAGCAGCUUCAGCCUCCCCCAGCCCAGCCUCCAGUUCUCACCCAGUCCCAGAGUCUCCCACCAUCAGCCAGUCACCAGCCUCCUCCAGCACCUCCACUGCCACAGUCUGCAGCACCCUCACACUCGAGUGUCCCUCCACAGCCGUCUUUCUCCUCUCAUCCCUUCAGUACAGUUCUACCUCCAACCGGCCCUCCCCCACCUUCAUCAAACUCUAUGCCUGGCUUACAACCUCCAUCUUCCUCCACUCCAUCCUCCUCCAUCUCCAUGCCACUCCCUGCCUCAGUCGCUUGUGCUGCCCCAGGCCCAGCACACCCUCCUGUGCACAUCAAGGAAGAGCCUCUGGAUGAGACAGAGGAGCCAGAAAGCCCACCACCCCCACAGAGAAGCCCCUCACCAGAGCCAACUGUUGUCAAUACUCCAAGCCAUGCCAGCCAGUCAGCACGGUUCUACAAGCACCUGGACCGGGGCUACAACUCGUGUGCUAGGACAGAUUUCUACUUCACUCCCCUGGCUUCAUCUAAACUGGCCAAGAAGCGUGAGGAAGCGCUGGAGAAAGCCAAGAGGGAAGCAGAACAGAAAGCCAGGGAGGAGAAGGAGCGAGAAAGGGAGCGGGAGAAAGAGCGGGAGAGGGAGCGCGAACGGGAAAAGGAAGCGGAGCGAGCGGCGAAAGCGUCCAGUUCCUCUCACGAAGGCAGAAUGGGCGAACCUCAGAUGGCCGGCCCUGCCCACAUGCGCCCUCCCUUCGACGGCCCCCCCACUACUAUUGCAGCUGUGCCUCCGUACAUCGGCCCCGACACCCCUGCCCUGCGCACGCUCAGCGAGUACGCGCGGCCCCACGUCAUGUCCCCCACCAAUCGAAACCACCCCUUCUUCGUUUCACUCAACCCCGCAGACCCGCUGCUGGCGUAUCACAUGCCCAGCUUGUAUAACGCCGACCCGGCCAUGCGCGAGCGCGAACUGCGAGAGCGGGAGAUGCGCGAGCGGGAGAUUCGUGAGAGGGAGCUAAGGGAAAGGAUGAAACCUGGCUUUGAGGUUAAACCUCCAGAGAUGGACACACUUCACCCUUCCACAAACCCCAUGGAGCACUUUGCCCGGCACGGGGCCAUCACGCUGCCCCCCAUGGCCGGCCCCCAUCCCUUCGCCUCCUUCCACCCGGGCCUGAACCCGUUAGAGCGUGAAAGGCUAGCCCUCGCUGGGCCCCAGCUACGGCCAGAAAUGAGCUACCCAGAGAGGUUGGCUGCAGAAAGACUCCACGCAGAGAGGAUGGCAACAGUGGCCAACGACCCUAUCGCUCGUCUCCAGAUGUUCAAUGUUACGCCGCACCACCACCAGCACUCGCAUAUUCACUCUCAUCUCCACCUCCACCAGCAAGAUCCCCUCCACCAAGGUGGUGGUGAAUGUCUUGUGUGUCCUCCAGGUUCUGGGGCCCACCCCCUGGCUGUGGAUCCCCUGGCUGCUGGACCUCACCUGGCUCGCUUCCCUUACCCUCCCGGUGCCAUCCCUAACCCCCUGCUCGGCCAGCCGCCCCACGAACACGAAAUGCUGCGGCACCCAGUCUUCGGUACUCCAUACCCACGGGACCUGCCAGGAGGUCUGCCACCGCCCAUGUCUGCAGCUCACCAGCUGCAGGCCAUGCACGCCCAGUCGGCUGAGCUGCAGAGGUUGGCCAUGGAGCAGCAGUGGCUGCAUGGACACCAUCACAUGCAUGGGGGGCCGCUGCCUGGCCAGGAGGACUACUACAGCCGGUUGAAGAAGGAGAGUGACAAGCAGCUGUAACCAUCUGCGGGCGGAAGCGACUGACGGGUGCAGGACACAGGAAGUUGUUACAGAGCGGUCUCUCAGAGGGUCUCCAGGGUCCUCUGAACACAUUCAGUUUUGAAAAACAGAAAAGGACCACGAGGGAUCAUCUGAGAAUUCUUCUGUUUGUUUUUGUUCCUGUCAAGGACGUUCUUCAUUUGUUUUGUUUUUUUUUUUUUGUUUUUUUUCCUUUUCAAGACAUUGACUUUCUUUGGUAUAUAGCCAGUAGUGACAACGUCCUCAAGACUCCUGCAUGACAAGCUUCCCUGACGUAAUUUUUUUGUAGGUGCUAGAACAAGACACUGUGCUUAUCAACAAAAAAAGACAAGACCGGUCAGGCCGUUUAUGGAAAAAUAACAAGUGCUAUCUUAAAGUCAACAUUUAUUUUAAUACAUUGUUGGAGGUUUUUCAUAAUUUUACGAGAAGCUACAGCAUGGCGUUUUUGAGUCUGUAAAUAGUAUAUAUAAACAUAUAAUUAUUAUUAUAAUUAUUAUUACUAGGUGUGGACUCCAAACCAAGUCGUUUCAACCUCCAGUAUAAUUGUUUUGAAGCAUUAUCCCUUGUUUCAGAGGGGAGCACCAUGGCAUUAUAGGAGCAGUUUCUGAGAGUUGCGGUUCAGUUGUGACGUUUCUCUGCCAUCACUGUGUUUAGGUUUAGUCCCACACGCAUUAUGUCAGCCAUAAACCUGUCACACCCACCAUCCAUUCAUCACACACCUUUAACACGCAGCAGGUUUUCAGAAUGUGUAAGCGCAACACGUCGAGUUAGCGACGUGAAACACUUGAAGAGGUGACACAGUCGUCACCGAGGCGUCUGUGGACACUGAAGCCGUGGAUUUAAAGGAAAACAGAAUUUGCACUGAAAGGGCUUCCGCAAGCUCUGCUCAAUUGGAUUCUUACCUUUAGUAUUUAAGUAGACAAUAUGGCGUCAUCCUCACUUGUUGUCACGGAGGAUGAUUCGAAUUGUGAUUUGAAAAAGACAGACCAGAAACAUCUGGCUGAACUGAGUAAAUACAUAAUACUCUUCAAGUGGUUUUAAAUGACCGGGAGCUGAUGCUGAUUCUCACUCAGUUUAACACGAGCCCAAAAGGACUUCAGGAUUGUUUUUAUUGUGUGAAUGGCUGCGAGCUAGUGUUCCACCUCUCCUCCUGGUUCGGUCACGUGCCGCUUGUGGCAGGGCCUCCCAUUCGACGGGUCGCCCCCCAGCAAGGCUGUAAUAAUGAUCACUGUGACACUAGACGGGGCCUGUGGACGCGUGACUACCAGGAAGUAGAGGCUCCAUGACUAUUUGUGUCUGUGUGUGUGCGUGUGCGUGCGUGUUCAUAUGCCUUGGUUCCUUAGGGAUACAAUCGGCCUCCAGGGCCUCAGGGGUGGUGUGUUCAUGUGUGCCACUGACUGUUACAAGUAGUGUUGGACCUGUCAUACACGUGCACAUGAACCCAAAUUGUUGUUUCAUUUUUUUUUUUUUUUUGUUUUUUUUAUCUGUAUCGUUCCAUGCACUAAGACUGUUUAAUUGUCAUGGACAUAUAGAAAACUGUGGCUUUAGAAAGAUUUUAUUUUAAAUUUUUACCAAAUGAAGAAACUUGCAUUUUAAAAGUGACCAUAUCUUCUCUUAGAGCACUAUGAUUUACAUUCGGAUGCUCGCGGACAUCAAACGCGAGCGCCCUUUUUACAAACCCAAACGAGUGUGUUGAGCCCCGACGACCCCUCUGUCACUCUGUCCUGCCACCUCUCGCCAACGCUGUCUCUCCUGGUGACAUACUCAUUAAAAUCAUCAUCACAUUUGCCUUGUUUCCUUACGAUUCCCUCACCUUUGCCUCCCUCUUUUUGUGUCUCCAAAACCUUUGAUGUUAAGUGUUGUCAAUGGUUUAGCUUCUUGUUUCAAAGCGGCAAUAGCAGAAUGUAAAUUCUGACUGCUAAGAUUUAUAUAUAUACUGGUAUCUUGAAGCUUAUUGUAUAUAUGAGUAGUCGCCAUGGGAUGACACAAUGUAAACAAAAAGUAGAAAUAAGAAAAAUUGUGAGUCCUGUGUUCUCUCCAUUUGAGUAUUUUGUAAUUUUUUUGAAAAAUUUGUGGAAUUAAAAUAAACAACUAAGUUACACCACA